GGUCAACUACUGAGCUUGCUUCCCCUCUCUCUCUGCUGUAUGCUGUUGCUGUGCAGUGUGAAGGAGAUUCUUCCCAGCUCUCCUUCACUCGACUGACUGGCAUGCAGCCUUGGCCGGGCCGGAGAAAACUCAGCUCACUGCGCAGUGCGCACCGCCACCGCCACCCGCUCCGUGGAGUGGCGUACGUGGCGCCGCGUUGAAUUAAUGGCGUCCCUCCCCAUCCGGUUCCGGCCCGGGCACGUGACGGUGACGCAACCUCCGGCCCCACGCAUCCCCCGUCAGGCCGUCACCGGCCCGCCUGACGUCACCUUCCCCGUCACCCCACCCGGCCCGCCGGUAUGCCGGGGGGGCCAUUAGGCCAUGUGGUGUGUCUGCCUCUGCCCGUCUGCCGCCCCGGCCGGGUAUAUAUAUGCGGUUGCGGUCCUCUCGUCUAGGCGAGCUCGUCCGGUCCCGUCGAUCUUCCAGGCCGCCGCUCUCAGCUAAUCGGCACGCAGGCCGGCCGGCAGGUGGGUGGGUGGGUGGGUGGUCCAGGUCGAGAGCAUGCAGGCGGUGGGCAUCCGGCGGCGCGGGCUGACCAUCGACCCGGCGGGGGAGGAGGAGGCCCCCGCGGCGCGCGUGGGGCGGCUGGUCCGGGAGAGCCCCGUGGUGAUCUUCGCGCGGCGCGGCUGCUGCAUGGCGCACGUGAUGCGGCGGCUGCUGGCGGCCGUGGGCGCGCACGCCACCGUCAUCGAGCUAGGCAGCGCCGAGGAGGAGGAGGAAGAGCUGGCGGCGGCCGAGGGCGGCGGCGUCCCGGCGCUCUUCGUAGGCGGCGACCCCGUCGGCGGCCUCGAGGGCCUCAUGCGGCUCCACCUCAGCGGCCGCCUCGUGCCCCGGCUCCGGGAGCUCGGCGCCCUCUGCGCCUGAGCUGCUCUCUCUCUCCGCCGUCUGUACUGUACAUAGCACGCGCGCGCGCGGCCUCUUCGAUCGAUCAGGGUGCUCGGCGCAAAACACAGCCGACCGGUGGUGUACUGUACUAGUACUAGUGCUGUGCACAUGAUUGCCGUGUACAUACAUCCUAUCCCCUUCCUGGAAGGCGUAACUUGUGCUUCGGAAGACAACAUACAAAAACCUGAAAGAUCAACGUCACCGCGAACCCAAAAUCGCAACGCUAAUGCCGGCUGCCGGGCCGGCCCGCCCAUCGAUCGCGCCCCGCAGGUACGUCAAGUACAUGGAUUAGUGCUGAGAAUUGGGCCGGCCCAUGCCAGCCUGGUCCAAACCCAUCGUUCUUCGUGUCAAACAGGUUUGGACCAGUAAAGCCUGAAAGAUUUUUAA